UUCUGCACAUUUAAAAAGGUUCAUUUGGUUGGCUAAUUAUUAUUAUGUCAGCCAAUCAGCUGUGAGCAAGCCGACUGCAGUCAUGAAUGAACAACACCCCUUACGUUCCCGGCAUGCAUUGUGGAAAUAGUGUGUGCGUGUGGGAGAGAGAGCGAGAGAGACAGAGAGGGAGAGAGAGAGAGAGGGAGAGAGAGAGCAGCGUGGAUUUGGUUUGGAGGCUGAGGAAAGGACCGUGGACCUGAGCGCAGAAGAAGAACUAGCAAGAAUAGUAGUAGUAGAAGAAGAAGAAGAAGAAGAAGAAAAAGAAGAAGAAGAAGCUCAGAUCAGAUCACUCGUUCAUCACUGUCAACCGCUCAGGAUUCCAGCUGUUCUUCCCUUGUAUCUGCUUCGGCCUGACUGACCCACCAGCCCUUCACCAUGAACUACCUUCGCCGGCGCCUGUCAGACAGUAGCUUUGUGGCCAACCUCCCCAAUGGGUACAUGAUGGACCUGCAGAGGCCGACCCCUCCAGGUUCGUCCACUUCCUCUCCUGCCUCUCCUGCCACAGAGAGGCGGCAGCCGCCGACCGUCCCGAGCCAGACCCCGACCCCGACCCAGAGCCAGACCCAGAGCCAGGGCUCCAGGUCAGCGACCGGCUCAGGUACGGGCUCUGCUGCGGGCACAGGGAGCUUUCUGAGCUCCUUCUCCAGCGUGGUGAAGAGCGCUCAGAUGGCCCAGAACGUCGCCGCCGCGGCACACGCCAAGUCGGCCGCAGCUGCUUCAGCUGACGGCUCCGCUGCAGGAAACAGUCAGCCGGCCAAGCCUGUCGUACGCAAGCCCAAGAUCCUGCUGGUGAUUGAUGAUCAGCACACAGAAUGGGCCAAAUAUUUCAGAGGAAAGAAGUUGAACGGAGAGUACGAGAUCCGGGUGGAGCAGGCCGAAUUCUCGGAGAUCAACCUGGCCUCUUACGUCACCUCGGGAUGUAUGGUGGACAUGCAGGUCAACAAAGGUGGAACUAAAGUGGUCAGGUCCAUUAAGCCGGACUUUGUCCUGGUCCGUCAGCACGCCUACAGCAUGGUCCCAGGUGAGGACUUCAGGAACCUCGUGAUCGGUCUGCACUUUGGUGGAGUCCCAAGUAUCAACUCUCUCUUCUCCAUCUACAACUUCUGCAGCAAACCUUGGGUGUUCUCUCAGAUGAUCAAACUCUACCACUCCCUGGGUCCUGAGAAAUUCCCCCUGAAUGAACAGACCUUCUACCCCAACCACACACAGAUGGUUGCCACUCCUACAUACCCUGUUGUGGUCAAGAUGGGACACGCUCACGCUGGUAUGGGAAAGAUCAAGGUGGAGAACCAGCAGGACUACCAGGACAUCACCAGCGUGGUGGCUCUCGCCGGGACCUACGUCACCACCGAGCCCUACAUCCUGUCCAAAUACGACAUUCGCAUCCAGAAGAUCGGCGGCAACUACAAGGCUUACAUGAGGACGUCCAUUUCUGGCAACUGGAAGGCCAACACUGGGUCGGCCAUGUUGGAGCAAAUCGCAAUGACUGACAGAUAUCGUCUGUGGGUGGACUCCUGCGCUGAGAUGUUCGGUGGUUUAGAUGUCUGUGCAGUGAAGGCCGUCCAUGGGAAAGAUGGCAAAGACUACAUCAUUGAGGUGAUGGACAGCUCCAUGCCUCUGAUUGGUGAACACGUGGAGGAAGAUAAACAGCUGAUCACCGAGCUGGUCCUGAACAAGAUGGCCCAAGUGCUGCUGGGAGUAGCCACACCUCAGCCCUCGUCUGUUAAGACCACACAACCCAGACGAGGGGGGCCCCGCUCAUCUUCCACCUCUCCAUCACAGUCGCCCCAGCGGGCACGGUCAGCCUCCACUUCACCCAGUCAAGCCUUCCAGCCUGGUCCUAUCCCAGCAACCUCUGGGCCUGGGUCUCAGAAGCAGUCACCGCAGCUGAACAAAUCUCAGUCGCUGACCAACACCUUCACAGAAACGUUACGUGGGAGCCAGAACGACGACGAGGCCAAGGCUGAGACCAUCCGCAGCCUGCGACAGUCCUUCGCCAGCCUCUUCUCUGACUAAAAACUUUCCUCAGCAGCUUCCUCUUCCUGUUUCGCUGCCAGGUUUGGAGGAAUUAAGAAAAUGUGACUGGUUUUAAUUUUCAUUUAAUUUUUAUUUAGUUUUUAUUUUCUCCUCCUCCUCUGAGCCUCGGCCUCCGUGAUCUUUGUGUUUCUGAAAAUAUCUGUUGUAAAAUGAACAGCAGUUCUUCGCACUAGACGGACCAACAGGUUUUCAGAGGCGCAGGUGACGGGUUAACUGAUAUUUGACAACAUAUGACAGCAGUCGUACGCAUUCAUCAUACAGCAAGUAUUUAAAGGGUGUGGAGUAUUUUGAGACAAUGUAGACCAGUGUUUUCCAACCUGUGUUGAGCCACAGCGCCGUCUUUACAUUAUUGAAAAAUAUAAUGAAAUAUUAAGAUUUUCUAAUUUGAAUUUACUAACUCAGUGUGAAACCUGGGCCUAUUUAGUUGAACACAACACUGAUAUAUUCACAGGAAUUGAAGAUAUACAUGAAAAUGAGAGUCUGUAGCUUUUUUAUUUGUUUACUUCUUCUGCCAUCUUCUGCCACCUAGUGGAAUAGUAUUUAAUUGUUUUACUGUCACAUAGACAAUGACAAAUUAUAAGCAGUAACUAAAUAACAGUUUUAGACAUUUUAAGUGAAAUUCGAUCAUUCUUUCCAGACUCUCUAAGGCCUAUUUUUUUUUUAACUCAGGUUGUGGCCCACAGGUUGUGGCCCACAGGUUGGCCCAGGUGUAAUUAAUUAUAACGACCGCAAAUGGACGGCUGGAAAAUCUGGUUCUUUACAUUGGCUUUAAAUACUAGAAAAGGAAAGAAAAUGGGUAGAAAAAUCAAACAUACUCACGCUUAACUUUUACGAGUACUGUAAAUACUCCUUUGGUCUGACUGAGUAGAAUCAGUCAGGCCCAGGUUCUACUGUUCUACCGGCUUCCAUCUGUCCCAGAACCACUGCUGCACCGUACAGUUCGUUAGAAAAUUAUUUUUAAAAAACCCCCCAGAAAAUCUGUUCUAAUUAUUAGCUGGGACUUAACAGUAGAAAAUCAAUUAGAGUAACAAUUAGGAUCUGCUCCGUUCUUCAUCCCCUCCUCCUCCUCCUCCUCUUCGUUGUCCGUCCUGGUUCUUAAUCAUUUAUAUAUUUACUCAGAUCGUUUCCUCCUUCCUUUAAUUGACGCGCAGCUUCCAAACUCUUCACAGAUGUCCGCAGCAAUACUCUCUGUUACGUCACAGUCAUGAGACACCCAAUCCGCACGCUUCACCAGCGACCUCUCACAUGUCUUGCCAGCCGACGUCCCUGCGCUGGAGACGCGGAUCAGUUUUCACAGCUGAAUCCUCAAACUUGGCCUAAAAACAACUAAAGUGCUUUUUAAUGACACAUUUGGAAAAAAACAAAACAAAUCCCACUCUGUUCUUGGGCGAGAAAAACACGCCGUUGUUUUUUUGUUUUUUUUUUUAAACCGAGGUGCAAACGCUGUGCACGGGCUCGCAGCCCACCGUCUUCCAUCACAGCUCAGAACUUCUCCUGCACUCGCGCUGCGGUUUGGACCGAGGUCGGUUUGUUUGUCAGGACUUGUACAGUCAAAUACUGUGUGUAGUUACAGGUAGAAACUGAAGUACUUCAUGUGUCUCGGUGUCCAAUCAGAGAGUCAGAGGACCGUGAGGUGAUACUUUAAUAACUACUGAGCACUAGAGAACACAGCCUUGUCAUAAUCCUUGAUUGUUUGCUCACAUUGUGUGU